GUACCUCAAGAGAUAUAAAGCCUUUCUCUGCCUGCGUGGAGCCCGUGAGGACGGCCUGCCAGAGUCGGCCUUCUCAGCAUUCCAGGUCUUCUGAAGCCAUGGGCGCCCGAUACCUCCUGGUUCUGUUUCUUGUCCUCCUGGUAUUGGGAUGUGAGGUCCGGGGGGCCCAUGUGCCCCAGCAAGAUGAAGCCACCAGCUCUACACUGCUUGGCCAGGUGCAGGAAUCACUCUAUGGCUACUGGGGGACAGCCAAGUCGGCUGCCCAAGGCCUGUACGAGAAAACAUACCUGAAUGGCAUGGAUGAGAAGAUCAGGGACAUGUACAGCAAAAGCACAGCAGCUGUGAGCACUUACGCAGAGAUUUUCACUGACCAGUUACUUUCUAUGCUGAAGGGAGAGCAGUAACAGCUGGGCCCCGACCAGGGAGGAAGGGAGAGUCCAGACCCCACAACCCCUUGGCUCCUCUGACCUACCCCCCACUUCUCAGCAGCUGCCAGCAUCCUGCUCCCACUGCCAGUCUGUCUUCUUAUAAAUAAAUUAAUUUAAAAAGCCA